CGGCGCUCCCUGCCGGGCUCUGGGGCCGCUUGGCUCCGCUGCCGGGCGCGCCCCGCCGGACCGCCGCGCACUUCUCUUUCCAGCCGGACCCGGCGCCCAGCGAGUACGGGCAAACUCAGAAGAUGAAUCUCUUCCAAUCCAUAACAAGUGCCUUGGACAAUGUUUUAGCCAAAGAUCCAACUGCAGUUAUAUUUGGUGAAGACGUGGCCUUUGGUGGAGUCUUCAGAUGUACAGUUGGCUUGCGAGACAAGUAUGGUAAAGACAGAGUUUUCAACACCCCUUUAUGUGAACAAGGAAUUGUUGGCUUUGGUAUUGGAAUUGCUGUUACAGGUGCUACAGCCAUUGCAGAAAUUCAAUUUGCAGAUUACAUUUUUCCAGCAUUUGAUCAGAUUGUUAAUGAAGCAGCCAAAUAUCGGUACCGCUCUGGAGAUCUGUUCAAUUGUGGAAGCCUCACCAUUAGAGCACCGUGGGGCUGUGUGGGUCAUGGUGCACUAUAUCACUCUCAAAGUCCAGAAGCCUUUUUUGCUCACUGUCCAGGAAUAAAGAUUGUUAUUCCAAGGAGUCCUCUGCAGGCCAAAGGAUUGCUGCUGUCAUGCAUAGAGGAUAAAAAUCCAUGCAUAUUCUUUGAACCUAAAAUACUUUACAGAGCUGCAGUGGAACAAGUUCCUGUAGAGCCCUACAACAUUCCACUGUCUCAAGCUGAGGUGCUGCAGACAGGCAAUGAUGUGACAAUGGUUGCUUGGGGCACUCAGGUACAUGUGAUUAAAGAGGUGGCAGCAAUGGCUCAAGAAAAGCUUGGUGUGUCCUGUGAAGUUAUUGAUCUGAGAACCAUCUUACCAUGGGAUACAGAGACUGUUUGCAAGUCGGUGGCAAAGACUGGGCGAUUGCUGAUUAGCCAUGAGGCUCCCCUGACAGGAGGAUUUGCAUCUGAAAUCAGUUCCACAGUUCAGGAGGAAUGCUUUUUGAAUUUAGAAGCUCCUAUUGCAAGAGUAUGUGGCUAUGACACUCCCUUCCCUCACAUCUUUGAGCCUUUCUACAUCCCAGACAAAUGGAAAUGCUAUGAUGCUCUUAGAAGAAUGAUUAACUACUGAGCAAUAGUAAAGAGAGGAGAAGAACAACAGGGAAAUACAGAAGCUGCCUUCAAAACUCUUGACAUUUUAAUCAGAUCUUUUGGGUUUGGAAUUUACAUAGCAGACUUUUCUUUUAACUCAGCUAUCCUGAAUGUUCAUCUUGGCUAUUCUUCAGCAAGUUCAAAUUUUCCUUAAUUAUGAAAUCAGUGAUGGGCAGGUGAUUGUUACAGUAAGUACUUUCAGAUGUAUUCAAAGAUAUUCCAGAUGUUGAAUGAAAAUUGCACAUUGCCGUGCUUCACUAGGUUACAUCUAGACUUCACUGUGUAAAUAUUAGAAGCAGAAUUUUAUUCAAUAAAACAUGUUACGCUCAUGUAGUCUCUUCGUUUUGCUAUUGUUUUGGAAGAACCCAAAGAAGUUAUUUGAAUGUGACUGUUUUCAACACAAUAAACCUUACACAGCCGGACCAACUUGUGUGAUAGAGACCUGCUUUAGCUGGUGGCAUCAGUGUUUUACUUGAGUGGCUUCAUGCAAAAUAGUCCCUAAUACUGAUUUCCCUUUCUGCAUUUUUCUUGAGAGGGGAGGAGUGCUUUUUUUGCCUUGUUGCUGUGAGGGAGAGGCUUAAUUGGUACAUCUUUGCUGCAAUAUCCUUCCUUCUAGAAUUGGAAUGUGUUUGCUACUAAGCAGCUAGGCAAAAAGCAAUUCCUCUUCUUUUUGCCUGCUUUGCUCUCUGUACAAAUCAAUCUCAUGCUGCAUUGUUUCUUACUGAAUAGGGGAAGAACUGGGGGGGGUUGAGGAGAUGGAGGACUGUAGCCAGAUAAUCACAUUUCUGUGAUUGUUCAGGAGGAUCUUUCUCAGAGAAAGAAGAAUACCUUUGUACACAAACCUGCUCAGGACAAUCCUCAAGGAGAGAGGUGAAACACACCAGGGAGGAACUUGAGGAGGAUAAUUUCACAUUCACUAUCAGUGGAUCUAUGGAAAGUGCUAAACUGUCAUCUUUUCAGGUCUUACCAUUUUGUGUAAGAUUCUGUCUUCACAGUUUGUGCAUUCCCUAAAGAACUUCACACUUGAUAAUGAAGCUAGUUCUUAAUGUAUCCAAUCAAAAUGAGAUUGUUGUCAAAUUGUGUAAGUCUCCUGCAAAUGCCAUGUAUAGAACUUGUUUAUUGUCUGAAAUAAGAUAGGUGCAUUACACACUUUAUAUUUUUUUGUGCUGGAUGGAAGCUAUUUUGGUCAUAUGAAGAAAAAUUGUUUUAAAAAUUAUUUCUGUCUUUGUAAAACAUUAAUAGAUAUUUUAGUAACUGUCUCCUAAAAAUAUACUGUUACUGUAUUUCAAAGAAUACAAAAUAGAUGCAAUUAUAGUACUGCCUUAGUAAAAUGUACUUUGGUAAUUAAUAGCCUUAACAAAAUAUACUUUGUAUUUACAGUUUUCACAGAAAAAAGUGAUUUCUAAUGUAGUGCAAAGCUUAAAUUCAAGUUUCCUGUAUUGAUAUUUGAAAUAAUAUAUUUCUUAAUAAACAUGUAGAAAAUAUUUGCUCUUAAUGUGGACUGCUACAAUCUGGUUGAGGGGCAGGUUUUGUGUUUUCGGUGACUGGUGUUGUGUUGGUUUUAAUAGUAUAAAAAUUGUUCCUUUCUCCUCUGUUUGGAGUAAUAGAAUAUUUUUCCCUGAC